UCGUGGAAUCAAGAAUGACCUCCAUGGACGACUGAUGUGUUACAAACAAGAUUGGUCAGGCGGCUUCCGUGCAGGUUUCAGAAUCUUGGCUCCCACCACAUAUAUAUUUUUCGCCUCAGCAAUCCCAGUUAUAUCCUUCGGCGAACAACUGGAACGAAAUACUGAAGGAGCUUUGACGGCCGUUCAAACAUUGGCCUCCACUGCAAUUUGUGGGAUCAUACACUCCAUCAUUGGAGGUCAACCUUUACUGAUUUUAGGUGUUGCAGAGCCUACAGUCCUCAUGUACACCUUCAUGUAUAACUUUGCCAAACAAAGACCAGAAUUGGGUCACAAAUUGUUUCUUGCAUGGACUGGUUGGGUAUGUGUGUGGACUGCCGCCUUACUCUUCUUGCUAGCCAUACUAGGAGCGUGUUCUAUUAUCAACCGAUUUACACGCGUGGCUGGUGAACUCUUUGGCCUACUUAUUGCCAUGCUAUUUAUGCAACAAGCGAUCAGAGGACUAGUAGAUGAGUUCCGCAUACCAGCGAGAGCAGAUUCAAAGGCAACCGAGUUUAUACCUUCAUGGAGAUUUGCCAAUGGAAUGUUUGCACUUGUUUUGUCAUUUGGCCUUUUGCUGACUGGAUUAAAAAGCCGGAAAGCCAGAUCAUGGAGAUAUGGUGCUGGUUGGAUUAGAAGCCUUAUUGCAGAUUAUGGGGUGCCCCUUAUGGUUCUUGUCUGGACAGCUGUUUCCUAUGCACCAGCCGGAAGUGUUCCAAAAGGAAUCCCACGGCGUCUCUUUAGCCCAAAUCCUUGGUCUCCUGGUGCAUAUGAAAAUUGGACAGUUGUCAAGGAUAUGCUGGAUGUGCCUAUUCUCUUCAUAUUUGGAGCUUUUGUUCCAGCAACAAUGAUUGCCGUACUGUACUACUUUGAUCACAGUGUAGCAUCUCAACUUGCUCAGCAGAAAGAAUUCAAUUUGAGAAAGCCGCCUUCUUUCCAUUAUGACUUGCUCCUUCUGGGAUUUUUGACAUUACUGUGUGGUCUGCUUGGAAUUCCCCCAUCCAAUGGUGUCAUUCCCCAAUCUCCUAUGCAUACCAAGAGUCUUGCUACUCUGAAACACCAGUUGCUUCGGAAUCGACUAGUUGAAACGGCACGGGAGAGUAUGAGGAUGAACUCAAGCUUAGGACAGUUAUAUGGAAACAUGCAGGAAGCAUAUCAGCAAAUGCAGACUCCCUUAAUCCACCAAGCACCCUCAGAUGUAAUGGACUUAUUUGGGUUGAAGGAACUAAAAGAAUCAACAGUUCAAUUAGCUUCAAGCAUGGGGAAUAUUGAUGCACCUGUGGUUGACAGUGUUUUUGAUGUGGAGAAGGAGAUAGAUGAUUUGUUGCCUGUUGAGGUGAAAGAACAACGUGUGAGUAACCUACUCCAAUCAUGCAUGGUUGGAGGAUGUGUUGCAGCGAUGCCUUUUCUAAAACUGAUUCCAACUUCAGUCCUUUGGGGUUACUUUGCUUUCAUGGCCAUAGAAAGCUUACCUGGGAACCAGUUCUGGGAAAGGAUAUUACUUCUUUUCACUGCACCAAGCCGCAGAUUCAAAGUUCUGGAAGACUACCAUGCUACGUUUGUGGAAACUGUGCCAUUCAAGACGAUUGCGACAUUUACAUUAUUCCAAACAACAUACUUGCUCAUCUGUUUUGGGCUAACAUGGGUUCCUAUAGCGGGACUUCUGUUCCCUUUGAUGAUCAUGCUGUUAGUCCCAGUAAGACAAUACAUUUUGCCCAAGUUUUUCAAAGGGGUACACCUUCAGGACUUGGAUGCAGCAGAGUAUGAGGAGGCCCCAGCUAUACCUUUUAAUUAUCCUCAGGUAAAGUUUUCACUAUACUUGGAAAAAUCCAUCAUAAAGGAUGAAAAUGCAGAUGCUGGAGAAGUGUUGGAUGAGGUAAUAACGAGAAGCAGGGGUGAGAUUAGGCGUACGUGCAGCUCUCGAGUGACAAGCACCUCAGCAACUCCUUCAAGAGAUGGAAUGAACCUUCAAAGUCCACGAUUAUCCUUGAAAGCAUACAGUCCGAGAAUUAAUGAACUCAGAGUGUUGCAUAGCCCAAGUGGACCAUCUUCCUUGGGAAGAAAAUGAAGGAAGACCCUUUCUCUAAUUGGCAUGUGCCUAGCCUGCCAUCUCUUUAUGAGUUUAAAUUUUUGCUUGUAACAGACAGUAUAACCUGUAUCUGGUUUGUUGUAAGUAAGUAAUGAUAUAUUAUAUGCUAGUAAUGUAAUGUAAUUUAGAAUAAAACAGCAAAUCUAGUUUCAACUAGAUUGGUCUUGAAUUCAUGUAAUUACUUAAUUAUAAAGUGUUGUUUCAGCCUU